UACUGCGGUGUUUUUAAAGGGAGCACAAUCCGUUACCGCUGCUGCGGCCGUUCCGUACCAACGAUUUCAGUGCUCAUCGUGACUUCCUGGAGUUUCUGGAUGUGCCUUUCCAGUAAUCCUAUGAGGUUCGACCUAGUACCGAAGUGGCUUUCCACGCCGGAAUCGCAACAGAUCCUGCACUACUACUGUCAGUUCCAGCUGGAUCCUAAACUGAUGGGCCAUGCUCGAAAUAUUGGCAGUCGGCUGCAGCAGGUGAAGGUGGAAAAUAUGCAUGACGUAGGGCUAAUGUUCCUGCCACUCCAAUAUUAA